CCAUAUAUUACUCCAACACACAGUACACAGCAGCAGCUGCAGCAGCAGAAGAAAAAGACAUAUUGCUAAAAGUUUUAAAAUCGUGAUUUUCUAACUGAACCAAGAAAGACAGAUGCAGUCGCUGCAGGAGAAGGCGGCGGAAUGGAGUGGGGUGGACGCUGAGGACGCCUUUGCUAUCGACGGCACCAAUCUUUAUGAGAAGCUCGGCCUCCAGACUUUCAUCAGCCUCUCCACCAACUUCUAUGAGAGGGAGCAGAUCGGUUGCAGAACUGGUAAAAUUGGAACUUGGAUUUUCUAUAUGGUUAGGGUAUAUGCUGAUGAGGAAGAGUGGUUUAGGUCAAUAUUUUCAAAGUCAAAGAAGGAAGAUGCCAUUCAAAAUCAGUAUGAGUUCUUUGUGCAAAGAAUGGGAGGGCCUCCUCUUUACUCUCAGAGAAAAGGCCAUCCUGCUUUGAUUGGACGCCAUCGUCCAUUUCCAGUCACCCAUCGAGCUGCUGAGAGGUGGUUAAACCACAUGCAACAAGCCUUGGACGCAACUUCAGAUAUUGACUUGGAUUCUAAGACUAAAAUGCUGAACUUUUUCAGGCACACUGCAUUCUUUCUCGUCGCUGGAGAUGAGUUGAAGAAUCAGAAUCAAGCAGCUCCUUGCAAGAAUUGCAAGCAUCCAGGCAAACACGCUGCAGUGUAACUUCAUGAUGACAAGAUUGAUUGGUACACUAAUUAAAAUUGAGGUGUGUACGUGGUUUACACGAAAUAGAUCCAUAAAACAUUAUUGUCAUCAAUGGAAUCUUGAAUAUUGAUACUUCCAUUUGCAGGGGAUUGAUACUUCCCUUUUAUGUAUAGCACUGCGAACUGAAAUCUUAUAAUUCGUGUUGCAUUGGAUGGAUGCUUUCCAUGUAAGGCAUACUAAUGUAACUUAACUGUUGAAAUGUAAAACUAGUGGAAUGGACAAUACUCGCAAUAAUUUGAAACUACUGAAGUAAAAAAAAAAACUGCCAUUUUC